UGUCUCUUGUAGACUGCGUCCCCCACCUCACAGCACAGGCACAGUAACAGUCUGGGCAUUGUUUCCCACCAUGCGGUUUUAGUUAAUUUUAUUGCGCACUUUUUAGUUUUUCAUAUGAUGUCGUAAGUUGUAGGCUAUAUAUAAAGACUCUUCCUUGCAGCACUGGUAGACUUUGUGCUUUGCCGACAUAUAAACAAGCGGAAUAGUGUCCGCCAUAUAAUCCUGCAGCUGCGCGCUUUUUGAUAAUUGUUACGUGAGUGUCUUCAGGAUUCAAACAUACUACAGCAGCAAGUUGGGGAACUGGACCGUAUUAGAACCAUGAGUAGCAGAAAAGAUGAUGAUAACCUCCUGAGAAUGACAAAGGAUGACCUGCAGCGCUGGAUCCAGGCAGAGGUGGAACGAAACCCUCAUCUGGUGCAGAGGCGUGAGCAACUGGUGCAGGUUGAGGAGUGGGUGAAGCAGAAGGAGAGGGAAUCCACUUACACCCACCUUCUGUAUGGCAAUGCCCACGAGUCAGUCCUUGAGUGUGAGUCGGUGAUGAAGGGUCUUUAUGGAAUGCUGGGAUUGGAGUACCGAGACGAGGAUUCGGAGGAGGAAGGAGGAGGAGGAGAACCACUUGACGUCAUUCAUGUCACAGAUGAAGAGGAGUAUAGACAGGAAAAUAGUGUCUUCAAUGGAGAUGAUGAUGAUAUUGUUGUCAUUGAUCUGGGAGCCACCAAAGAAACCUUGGAACCAAUGCUUGAAAAGGUGACUGUGGCCAUUCAGAAGUCAUCCAGACUCGUUCAGGACUUAGUCCAUAUGGUGAACAAAACUUCCUCCGUAAGUGCUGUAUCACCAUCAUCAUCAUCGUCUGACUUCUCCAACAGACCCUCAUCAACCUCGACCCCUGAGACCAGCCAUUCUGAAUCGGUCACAUCAAAAAUAAUACCAUUAAAAAUGGAAAUACCUGAAAACUCUAUUGCAAUAGUUAAGACCGAAUCUCUAUCGAGAGCACCUGAAAUGUCCUCGCUUCUCAGCAAUUCAGAACAAAAGAAAUCUAUUGCCUGUCAAAAGCCAGAUUCUAAACCAACAAUUAAGACUGAACCACAACCGACAGCAUUAACCCCUUGGGAAAUGAGCAUUUCAAACCAACAUGAAACUGCUGCUAGUCUUAACUGUCCAUCCUUAAAAUUAAUUAAGACUGAACCUCAAUUGACAGCAGUGAGUCCUUCAGAAACACUAGAAACAAUUGCCAGUCCUAAUUUUGGAUCCAUAGCAACAAUAAAGACUGAGCCUCAGUUGUCGGUAAUAAAGCCAGAAAUGACUUCGCCUCCAAGCAUUUCAAAACCUUUCAAAAUAUCAUCAAUUAAGACUGAACCUCAGCCGACAGCAUUAACUCCUGAAACAUCUUUGCUUGAAAGUGAUUUAGAACAGUCAAACAGCCUCAAUUCAGAUCACGAAGCAGCAAGUAACACUGGACUUACGUUGCCGGCAAUGUCUUCAGAAAUCCCUUCAUUUUCACGUGACUCAGAACAAUUGAAAGUUAGUGCCUGUCCUAAUUCAGCAUCUGUAGCAUCAAAUGAGACUGAUCCUCAAUUGCCGCUAGUGACCCCUGUAGAAAUGUCUUCACCUCCAAGCAGUUCAGAACAAAUGGAAACUGCUGCCAGUGACAAUGCCAGCGAGUCAACCACAGAGAUUCCUCCUGAAGUGUCAUCAUUGCCGAGCAAUUCUGAAGAAGCUGUAACUCUUGCCAGCCAUGAUUCGGAGUCCACAGAUGAGACCGGAAAGCCAAAAACAAGGAGCAAAUCUGCCAAACCCUCUGUGCCCACAAUAAGUCCAACAACUAGGCUGAGAUCUUCAAAAAACACUGCGCCUGGUACUAGCACUUCCUGCCCACAAAGGGAAACAACAAGGGCAUCAUCGCCUGCAGAUAAUAAUAAUGACCCCUCUGACACAGAGGACCUGUCUGCUAGUCCUGCUGACAGUGAUUAUGAACCCCCUGAAUCACAUUCGGAGUCAUUGAUAGACAGUGAUCAUGAACCCCCUAAAUCACAGUCAGAGUUAUCGACAGAUACUACUGAUGAUACCGGCGGCAAUAAUGCUCCUGCAGAAUCUUCCAGUCCUGAUGAAAGUUCCAAGUCUUCAUCCAGUGAGUCCUCCAAGCCUUCUCAAGAACAUAAAGAGAUAAAACUCAAUGUCAGCAUGGGAGUUUUGGGGAAAAGGCAACACAACGUGUGGUGUAAAGGAACAGUACAAGAAGUCCAAACAGCAGAGGAUGGCCUCAGAUACAAGGUGGAGUUUAAGAGUGGUAAAGAGAUUGUGCUGCCUGCUCAUCAUGUGGCCUCUCUGAAGCCUCCCGUGCUUAAGGAUUUGUUUAUUGGCUGUCGUGUUGUGGCCAGCAGCAAAGAUGAUGAAGGAAAGGUCUCGUUUAAUGCUGCUGUGCUGGUUGAGCUUCCUGAGCGCAAGAAUCGCAUGAGGUUCUUGGUGUUUUAUGAUGACGGCCAAGCAGAUUACCUGGCACUUCCAGACUUUCAUGUUGUCUGCAAACAAUUGAAAAAGGUGUGGAAAGACAUUGAGGAUGAGACAUUACAGUUGCAGGUUAAGGAAUAUCUUCGUGUCUAUCCCAACCCCAUUGCUGUGGUGCUUCGCGUGGGGCAAGACACCAUGGCGAUGCGGAAUGGCAAUUUUGAGGCUUGCACGGUGCUCCAGUUGGAUGGCAGCCUCAUCCAGAUCUGCUUUAAGAAAGACAAGCAGAAAGAGUGGAUUUUUAAAGGCUCAGACAAGUUGGAACACAUUGUAAAUAUCAAGCAGCGUCUGGCUAAAGAUAAACCGCAGAAAAAAGCUCUACAGAAAACACAGCAUAAACUGCAACAACCAUCUCAACAGAAAACGCAACAACCACAGCAACAGAAAGCACAACAGCCUGCAGUAACAACAGGAAAUGCCACACCUCAGCACAACAUAACCUCCUCCUUGACAACAGUUGCCUCAGCGACUGUUACUUCAACAUCUGUCACCUCAGCAGCUGUAUCUUCUGUGCGGGCGACCCGACAAUCUGAUCCAGUAACCAAAACAUUAUCUAUUAGCCCUCAAAAAAUCAUGUCAGCUGCUUUCCAGCCAAAGGUCAUCCUCCAGAGGUUGACUAUGCUUUCAGCUGUCUGUGUAUCAAAGGAUAGUAUGCACACAGUAAAAUCUGCUACUGCAAACAGUACCUCAAAUUUAAGAAGUGCAAAACGACCUGCCCCUGAUGAGGAAGAAGAGCUUGUUUCUGAGGAAGAAGAGCUUGUUUCUGAGGAAGAAGAGCUUGUUUCUGAGGAAGAAGAGCUUGUUUCUGAGGAAGAAGAGCAUGUUUCUGAGGAAGAAGACUGUGUUUCAAAGCAACACCAGUACAAGUCCAUAUACUUGCAUCAUCGCUGUUGUCCAGCAUGUCUGGAUGGGGUGAGACCGUCUCAAGUCGACAUGCACCGUGGUCAAAAUCCACUUCUUAUCCCACUGCUUUUUAAGUUUAGGCGAAUGACUGCUAGAAGGCGCAUUGAUGGAAAGGUGUUUUUCCACAUUUUCUAUCGUUCACCAUGUGGGCGGAGCCUGUGCGACAUGCAGGAAGUGCAGGAGUACUUGUUUGAAACACGCUGUGACUUCCUUUUCCUGGAAAUGUUCUGUAUGGACCCAUUUGUUCUUGUAAAUCGCGCCCGACCUCCUUCCACAUCAACCGGCAAGCCUCACCUCUACUUGCCGGACAUCUCAGAGGGCAGAGAGGUGUUGCCGGUGCCCUGCGUUAAUGAAGUGGACAGCACGCUUGCUCCUAACAUCAGCUACACCAAAGACAGAGUUCCAGCUCCAGGUGUUUCUGUUAAUACUAGCUCAGACUUCUUGAUCGGCUGUGACUGCACAGAUGGUUGUCUGGACAGGUCAAAGUGUGCAUGCCACCAGCUGACCAUUGAAGCCACGUCCUUAUGCAGUGGUGGUCCAGUGGAUGUUAGUGCUGGAUACACGCAUAAGAGGUUACCAACCACCUUGCCAACAGGGGUGUAUGAGUGUAACCCUCUGUGCCGUUGUGAUCCGAGAACAUGCAGCAACAGGCUGGUUCAGCAUGGUCUGCAGCUGCGGCUGGAGCUCUUCAUGACACAGCACAAGGGAUGGGGCAUCCGCUGCAAAGAUGAUGUAGCCAAGGGCACAUUUGUGUGUGUUUUCACUGGUAAAAUAAUAAACGAAGACCGAAUGAAUGAGGAUGACACAGUGUCCGGCAAUGACUAUUUGGCCAACCUUGACUUCAUUGAGGGUGUGGAGAAACCGAAAGAGGGUUAUGAGAGCGCGGCGUACUGCUCGGACACAGAGGUCGAAAGCAACAAGAAGACCAUAACCAUGAAAACAGGGCCGUUACGGAAAAACACUCUCUACCAAGAAGACUCUAGCAGUAGUGAAGAAAGAGAAGAACCUAUGGAGCUGGACACAGAACAAGAAGUGGAAGUGAGAAAACUAUCCCAUAAGCCACAUGAAACAUCUAAAGAUGCUCAGAAGAAAGUGACCAAACAAAUGAGAGAGGACGGUCAAGAAACCUCAGGUCCAAAGCGUUGCUUUGCCAGAAAGUCAUUCCAGAGAAGAGUAAAACCACUAGUAACCACGGAUGCAAAGAAUGAGAAAACGAGGACCGCUCUAACUGGCAACAACACCCGCAGACUGUUCAACGGCGAGGAGACCUGUUACAUCAUUGAUGCCAGACAAGAGGGCAACCUCGGCCGCUUCAUCAACCAUAGCUGCAGUCCGAAUUUGUUUGUUCAGAACGUCUUUGUCGACACACAUGACCUACGGUUUCCAUGGGUGGCGUUCUUUGCCAGCAAGCGCAUCAAGGCGGGUACAGAGGUGAUGUGGGAUUAUAACUAUGAGGUUGGCAGUGUGGAGGGGAAGGUUCUGCUCUGCUGCUGUGGCUCUCUGCAGUGCACAGGAAGGCUGCUCUGAUAUACUGCUUUCAACAAAAAACACUACAACUUUAAUAGAGGUGUUAUCAUUGUAAACAAUUUCACCAAGCCAUCAGAAACAUAGUUGUGACACUGUUCUGGAAGAGCAUUCCAAUCAUGACCCUUUGAAUAUGAAAAGAAUAAUAAAAUAUAUUCAAGUUUGUGUUGUUGCUUUUAUUGUUUUGUCUGUUUUUAUUGUUUUUAACCUCUACGAGUAUUGUUAAUAGCCACUUACUUGAUGUAAAUAAAAUUUGCAAAUAUCAAAAAUGACUUU